AGGAGUGAGGAGAGUGAACCUGUAACUCAGUCUAACACACACACAGACAGACGGAGGGAACUUUACAGCAGCAACGGAAGCAGCAGAAGCGUGGUGUGGGACAGAGGGAGAUGUUGUCUGGCUGAGCUGGGACCUGUCCUCUCCUGUCUAUCUGAUGGAGAGCAGAGGGACGCAGCACAGUGAGUACUACAGCUGUGUGUGUGUGGUGUGUCUCCCCAGAAGCUAUAGAUUGAGGUAGGGGUUGUGAAGGGCUAAGGAAGAGAGACAAUGAUCAAGAGGAAGAGAUCAAAGUGGUUGGUGUUGCUGUGUGCCCAGCUAGCACAUAACGUUCUGAGAACCAUAUAUUUCUUAGCGCUUGGUGAAGGCGGGGUUGUCCUAUGGUUAUUUUGCAUACAACCUUCCCACAAUGUUCUGGGAAUGGUGCAGGAUAGUUGCUUGGCUUUGGAACAUUCUCAGGACAUUUAAGGAACUUUACAAAAUAACGUUAUUUUCUUGGUAUUUCAUUACUUUAACAGAACAUUUCCUAAAAGUUCAAACAUGGUUACAUUUAAUAGAUUUUUUGGUCAUGUUCUAGGAUCGUUCUCCUACUGGUUUGACAAUGGGAAUGUCCUCAAAUAGUUCAGAGAACGUUAAAAAACAACGUUCUUCUGUUGGAAUUUCAAUACCUCAACAUAACGUUUCCAACAGGUUUCCUAAUGGUUUUAUUUUAAGUCAUGUUCUCAGAUUUUUUCCAUAACUUUAAGAAACCAUGUUCUUCAGGUUUCCUCAUGGUUCAAUUUAAAGUCAUGUUCUCAGAACAUUAAGAAAACGUUCCAUAAAAACGACAAGAAAACCUUAGUAACAUUCAAAUAACUUUUUAAUUAUUAUAUUGAAAAACCUAUACAUUCCGUCCUCUGCGUCAACAAAGCUCUCUCUAUCCUAUAUCUUGUUAGGUGUGUUGGCCGCGCCCACUAAUUGGCCACACCUGAUCUUAAUGAGUGCUUGUUUCCUUUGAAAUGGGGUCUGUUUGAAUAGACCAAAAUGAUCAGCUUUGUAUGAGUAAAAAAAGACUUGGCAUGCUAGCUCCAUCUUGGUGGCGCAAUGGACUAAUUCCAUGGAUAGAGAACAGAAGAUCAUAGGUUCAAAUCUCACUGACACCGUGCCACAAUUAAAAAUAAAUGUGUUUGCAUUAUUAAUGCCUAAGCAAAUGUGUCCUAUCUGUGCUUGGAGUUCAAAACAGUUAACCUAAGCUAGCAGUGUUAUUAAAAGUCUUAUUGAAACAUUCAGUGAAAGUUUUAAGGAAGUUAUUAAAAAAACUCAAAAUAACCUAUAAUUUCUGUUCUCAGAACAUUAACAAAACCUCCCAGGAAAACUUUCAGGAAACCAUAGUAAAAUGUUAUCAGAACCUCCCGGCAACCUAAACAUUUACGUUCCCAGAACAUAUUUUAAAAACGUUCAGUUUUACCGGUCAGGAAACGUACGACUUCGUUCCCAAAACCAAUGGGAAACCAAAGACGCAGGUUCCCACAACUUCCAAGGAACCAAAUGUGCUAGCUGGGUGUUUAGGAAUAUCUAUGGUGAGUGGUGUGCUACUUUCUGAGAACAUUGGCAGAGAGAGGCAUGGAAAAAUCAAACGGAGGUAUGCGUGCAUACAUUGAAGGGUAUGUUUUUUCUAAUGGAGGAGGAGAGGGACACUGCUCCAGUUUUUUGUAUGCUGACUUUGAGGUGUGUGUUGUCUGUGUUCUGCAGGUGAGCUGAUUCUUAGGUGUAUGGGGUCGAGGUGAAAGAGGAGUUUGCUGGGAAUCAUGUGAUUUGGACAGCGAUGUUUACCUGCAUCAUGUGACUUCACAGAGAAGAUUAUACUAUAGGGUCUCCAUUAUGGCAGUUGUGAUGUGUAUCUCUCUCUUCCUCUUCCUGCUCCUCCUCUUCCUCUCCCUCACUCCUCUCCUCCAUCUGCAUGCCUUCUCCCUGGCCACAGAGGGCGCCACAGAGGCACCACUUCACCCACACACAGACACACAGACAGAUGUACAGGUUUCACACAGCCCUUUAGGGCCCUCCUGGGCUCCGGUAGGCCUCAACGCUGGAGCCAGAAUGACCGACUCUCUCGGUUGGUUUCCAGGGCUGAGGGGCUCCACACUGGAACCUGAGGAAACUGAGAAACAUUACUACACAGACGAGUUUCAAGGAAUUAUCGGUGAAUACCCUGAUUUGCUGGAAAGCCCUGAGCAGUCACCUAAAACUGUCCCCAAAGAAACAGGGCUGGAGACAUUCAGAUUCACAGAGGCAGACAGUGUCACUGCAUGGAUGGAAAUCAAACCUCCAACUGGGACCUUAUUUAGGGAUGGACCACCAGACAGUAUCCAGGAUGGAGCUCCUGAAAACGAGCUAACAGAGAGCAACAUCAGGGGGAAGGCUGGAUCCCCACUAACUCCUUCACAGGAUGGACGGACUACUCAGAUACCUCUGUCACUCCCACAGAAUGGAGAUAGUAUUGGUAGACCAACACCCAUCCUUCUCUUUAGCUCCGACUAUACAGAGACCUUAGGCUUUAAUCCACUCACUACCUUACCAACCCCAGUGACCGCACAGCUAGGCUCCACUACUGACCCGGACCAAGACCAACCCAUAGCCCUGGCCACAAACAAAGGGUUGCUAGCUCUGGACCAACCAGCCACCCCACAAAGAGACAUGCUGGAGGGAGAUACCGUGAUGGAGACUGGAGACUUCUCAGAGUUGGAGGACUUCACAGAGAACCUCACAGAUACAGGAACAGACACAGGUAAGACCAACUUCUCAUAUCCAACCCCCAUCCCCCGAUUCCCGUCUUACAGUUAUAUGUCCGCUUUUACAACACCCUCAGGAUGUUAGUAAGAAGGAAUAGGAAGUCUUGCCCUACUAUUUAUAGGAUAUUGGUCAGAAAGAAUUGUCCUAUUUUUCUAUUUUGUAAAACACUGGUGGUGAAUUAACUGAUUUACUGUGGCAGUGUGAUGAGUAUCCCCUUAUAUAUUUUCCCUUCAUGAUAUCCUACCUCUGAUAUCAGGAAGUGUGUGGGUUUGGUGUUUGCAUGCCCCUGUAGCAUCCUACAUCUGAUAUCAGGAAGUAUGUAUUUGGUGUAUACAUGCCCCUGUAGCAACCUACCUCUGAUAUCAGGAAAUAUGUAUUUGGUGUAUACAUGCCCCUGUAGCAUCCUACCUCUGAUAUCAGGAAGUGUUUAUUUGGUGUUUACACGCCCCUAUAGCAGUACAUAGUAGUAGUAGUAGUAGUAGUAGUAGUAGUAGUAGUAUGUUUUCUGUUGAAGUGUGUGUUGGAAAGCGAUGGGACUUGUCGGCUCUGUGUGUGUGUUUGUGUGUGUAUUCUGCUAGCAAACACAGUUGUUUUAUAUUCACAGGGCAGUUUACUCCACGCCUCUCCAUCUUCUGUCUCAUUCUCCCAUCUCCUCCUCCUUCUCUCCCACUCAUUCAAUCCCCCUUCUCUUCUUCCCUCUCUUAAUCCCAACUUAAUCUCCCAUUCAUAUCUACCACCUCCCUCUCUCUCCUCUGUCACAGACACACUAUCUCCCUCCCUUGCUGUCCUGUCUUCUUAAACAGCUAAACUGAGGGAGACUGUGAAUGAAUUACAUGUGAAUAACAGUAAAUGAGAUGUGAAUGACAAAACAUAGCUGGACUGGUGGUUGUAUGUGGGACAUUGUAGAAGCUGCUCCCCAGCCAGGGAGGGGUAGAGAGCAUAGGUAGAGGGUAGUAAAACUGGGUUAGCUCUGUGUGUCUCACACCUCUCUCUCUCUCACACACACACACACACACACACACACACACACACACACACACACACACUAACCUUGCUGUUGAAGUAUAGACACCUGAGUUGCCUAACCCAUUCACAGGAUUGGUUAACUCUUGAGGGUCUCUACCGAGCUAGGUAAAUCUGCUUUUAGUUGUUUUAAUGCACCGUAUUGCUGGAACAAAAUUCUAAAUACAUUUCAUAUUGAUGUUAUGGUGCCGUUCGGGCAAUUUAAAGUAUUGAUUAGGCACUUAUUUGUGGAGGAAUGUAACUGUUUUUCUGGGUGAUUUGUGACGUUUUAUUUGUGCUUCCCAUGACUGUGUUUUUGUAUUUUAAUGUGUAUCUAUCUAUCUAUCUAUCUAUCUAUCUAUCUAUCUAUCUAUCUAUCUAUCUAUCUAUCUAUCUAUCUAUCUAUAUAUAUAUAUAUAUAUAUAUAUAUAUAUAUAUAUAUAUAUAUAUAUAUAUAGGUUGGGUAUAAUGUGUAUAUUUAUGUUGUAUUGUACAGGGUGCAUUUGUAAAAGAGACCUAAGUCUCAAUAUGUCUUCCCUGUUAAAAUAAAGAUAAUUUUUUUUAAACAAACAAACACACGUACACAUGCAUGUGAAGAGGAGGGACCAGAGGUCUUGUCGCAGAGCUCCUAUCCCCUAAGAUCAGUCAUACUGUAUUUCUCUAUGCAGAGGCAGUAGGCAGGCACAUAGUGAAUAGAAGUGUCUACAUUAUUCAGAUGUUAUGUAAUCAUAGGGGACAGACAUAUGGAAUGGGUAUGUGCACCUACAAUAGUAUGUUAUAAAUGAUGUAAUGUGUGCCAGUUUCUGCGAUUUAUAAAUAGUUACACAAAUAAGAACAGCAAUGGGGUCAAUGCUACCUAAUCUGCCCACACAGUCUCUCUCUCCCUCCCUUGCUCUUUCUACCUCCCUCCCCCUCCCCCUCCCCCUCACCCUCCCUCCCUCCCUCCCUCCCUCUCCCUCUCUCUCUCUCUCUCUCUCUCUCUCUGACCCAGUUAGAGAUUCCCAGUUACAAGCAUGUACUUUUGUAAUGGAUUACUCUCUCGCUCUCGCUGAUGUUUCACCCUAUGAAACCCCUCAGAUCUGGGGAUAGGGGCAAGGGGUUGAUUAGGGCAUCAGUUUCAACCAUCUUUGUUUCUGUUUUACAGGUGUAUCUCCAGAGGAGGUGUGGCCUAAGUCAGCCACCAAUGAGACACCUAUCCUCGACUGCAGCCUGGACACCAAGGCCACGCCCUGCAACACAAAUCAUUCCUGGAGCCCUGUUUACCCUGAUGACAUCAUCUCAAAUAAAUCCCAGCGCCCCAUUCUGUCUCUAACGCCUCCUCUCUUCGUGCCUCUGUAUUCUGAUUGGAACUCAGCUCUGGCCACCUGGGGCUUUGCCUGGGAGGUCCACAUCUAUGGUCUGGGAUCUGUGUUCGCUGCAUUAGGUCUGAUAUCUGUACUCUGCCUGUUAGGCCUGCCCCUGCGCUGCCCCCCGGGAAGCCCCUACUUCAGCCUGCUGCAUCUGUUCCUCCUGGCAACUGGAGGCACUAGAGCAUGCACUCUGCUGUAUGAUGCUUAUAGUCACCAGGACCGCCUGUCUGCUCUGGGCUCUCUCCUACUUUCUGAGCUACCCUUACCCUGCCUCACCUCUGCCUUCUCCCUCUGCUUCCUCCUCCUCUCCCUCCGCUCUCGCAUGCACCUCUCCCUCCCUUUUUCCCUCUCCAACUCGCUCCCUCUCUUGGCCCUGCCCCGGCCCUGUCUCUUGUUCUCCCUCUCGCUGUUGCACUUCGGGGCCUCCCUGGGCUCCAUAGCUCUCUUCCAUGUCUUCCCCAGCCUCCCUGUCCUCCUCCUACUCCCCCAGGGAGUGUUCAUCCUCCUCUGCCUCCUUCUCCCCUGCUCCUUCCUCCUCUUCUACUGCUUUGUACGACAAGACACCAAGCAUGUCCAACGGCUGAGUGAUGGUGAAGGAGAGGUAACAGGUUCCCCGGUGUUGGUGAGGCGGCCGUCCCGGUGCCCAUUCGCUGAGGCUGGGGAGUGGAGCAGGGCGGCAGGGGCUGGGGUGGGAGGGUCUCUGUGCCUGUUAGGCUGUGGGGGGCUCCAGAUGUAUGGGAUGUUACAUGCAAUGGGGUUUGGAGGGGUGAGUGCUGGGGCGGGGUUUCAGCCCUGGCCUUGGUGGGGCUACCAGCUGGGCUGCAGGCUCUGUGAGGUGGGGGUGUGUCUGUCCCUCUCAAUCAUCGGCACUCAUCCCCUCCUCUUCUGUUGCUCCAACUCUAACUCCUCCCCCUGGACUAAACCCAACUCCAACCCCCGUCCGGGGUCCUGGGCGCGGCUGCCCUGUGCCUCACCCUCAGGAGGGCCUAGCCACCCCCUUCCCCUCUCCACAGUCCUCCCCCCUCACUACCCCUGGUCACUGGGGCAGGAAGAGAAGCUGGUGGUGUGUGAUGUCAUUAGUAAGCGCCAGUCCGAAGCGUUCCCCCUUUACACACUAAUGGACCCCCCCUCAAACGGACUGAACCUGCAUCCUAACCCUAACACCCACCCUGGCCAGACCAGAACCUCCAGACACCCCCACCUCCCUGACCCUCCCAGCCCACCAUGGAUGCCUCAAGCUGGGGUUGCGUCCCAGGGCUCUUCCCAGGCUAGUCUAGUUCUGGACACUGACUCCACAAUGUACCUGCGCCCCCCCUCUCCAAUCGACCUGUCCCGGAGCAUAGACCAGGCCCUGUACAGCGAAACCCUGUUCCCCCACAGUCUCUUUAGUCCCCCCAGGCUGCUCCAUGCCUCCUCCAGCCUCUCCCUGAACUCCCCUGGCUCCCACCUCAGCCAGAGUGCCUCACAACCUGGACACAGCUCAGCCGACAGCUCCCUCUACCGGACCUCUUCCUGUGGAGAUGUGGAUAUGUCUCCUACACGGCCUCCCCAGCCAGGGUGCAUCCUCCCAGGCCACGGUGAUCCCAGCUCCCCCCCUGAGCGCUGGUGGAGAGGUAGUAACCACAGCUGCCUGUGCCAGGAGUCCCUGAGUGGGUCUUCCCAGGGUCUGUUCUCCAGCCCGGGGGCAGGAGGGGCGCGUUCGCAUCCCCACUCCACCAGAGGGCAGCUCCACUCCCAGAGCAGCCUGCCCAGGACGCUCCCCAACCUCUCCCACCACAGACGCUACCGCACCCUCAACUCCGCCUCGCAGGACAGCCAGGGGGAGGGGCAGCUGGAGGGCAGAGAGGACCUGAGUGAAAGCAGGUUGCUGGAACAGGAUCUGGCCAUACAAGCGGAGUUUGUCAACGUGUGCCGACAGAUCGAUGCUCUUAGCGUGUGCAGUGACACUAUUGACCUGUAGGUACAGUUGAAGUCGGAAGUUUACAUACACUUACGUUGGAGUCAUUUAAACUAGUUUUUCAACCACUCCACAAAUUUCUUAUUAACAAAUUAUAGUUUUGGCAAGUCGGUUAGGACAUCUACUUUGUGCAUGACACAAGUUAUUUUUCCAACAAUUGUUUACAGACAUUAUUUCACUUAUAAUUCACUGUAUCACAAUUCCAGUGGGUCAGAAGUUUACAUACACUAAGUUGACUGUGCCUUUAAACAGCUUGGGAAAUUCUAGAAAAUGAUGUCAUGGCUUUAGAAGCUUCUGAUAGGCUAAUUUGAGUCAAUUGGAGAUGUACCUGUGGAAGUAUUUCAAGGCCUACCUUCAAACUCAGUGCCUCUUUGCUUGACAUCAAGGGAAAAUCAAAAGCAAUCAGCCAAGACCUCAGAAAAAUAAUUGUAGACCUCCACAAGUCUGGUUCAUCCUUGGGAGCAAUUUCCAAACGCUUGAAGGUACCAUGUUCAUCUGUACAAACAAUAGUACGCAAGUAUAAACACCAUGGGACCACGCAGCCAUCAUACCGCUCAGGAAGGAGACGCGUUCUGUCUCCUAGAGAUGAACGUACUUUGGUGCGAAAAGUGCAAAUCAAUCCCAGAACAACAGCAAAGGACCUUGUGAAGAUGCUGGAGGAAACAGGUACAAAAGUAUCUAUAUCCACAGUAAAACGAGUCCUAUAUCGACAUAACCUGAAAGGCCACUCAGCAAGGAAGAAGCCACUGCUCCAAAACCGCAAUAAAAAAUCCAGACUACGGUUUACAACUGCACAUGGGGACAAGAUCGUACUUUGUGGAGAAAUGUCCUCUGGUCUGAUGUAACAAAAAUAGAACUGUUUGGCCAUAAUGACCAUCGUUAUGUUUGGAGGAAAAAGGGGGUUCUUGCAAGUCGAAGAACACCAUCCCAACUGUGAAGCACAGAGGUGGCAGCAUCAUGCUGUGGGGGUGCUUUGCUGCAGGAGGGACUGGUGCACUUCACAAAAUAGAGGGCAUCAUGAGGAAGGAAAAUUAUGUGGAUAUAUUGAAGCAACAUCUCAAGACAUCAGUCAGGAAGUUAAAGCUUGGUCGCAAAUGGGUCUUCCAAAUGGACAAUGACCCCAAGCAUACUUCUAAAGUUGUGGCAAAAUGGCUUAAGGACAACAAAGUCAAGGUAUUGGAGUGGCCAUCACAAAUCCCUGACCUCAAUCCUAUAGAAAAUGUGUGGGCAGAACUGAAAAAGCGUGUGCGAGCAAGGAGGCCUACAAACCUGACUAAGUUACACCAACUCUGUCAGGAGGAAUGGGCCAAAAUUCACCCAACUUAUUGUGGGAAGCUUGUGGAAGGCUACCCAAAACGUUUGACCAAAGUUAAACAAUUUAAAGGCAAUGCUACCAAAUGCUAAUUGAGUGUAUGUAAACUUCUGACCCACUGGGAUGAAAUAAAUAAAAGCUUAAAUAAAUCAUUCUCUCUACUAUUAUUCUGACAUUUCACAUUCUUAAAAUAAAGUGGUGAUCCUAACCGACCUAAGACAGGGAAUUUUUACUAGGAUUAAAUGUCAGGAAUUGUGAAAAACUGAGUUUAAAUGUAUUUGGCUAAGGUGUAUGUAAACUUCCGACUUCAACUGUAGAUACUACUGGGUUUGAACCAUGAGUCAUCUAUGCACCACAAGACACUGUUAGUCCGCCGAGCUAAACCAAGAUAUUUAUCCGUUAUGUAAGGACAUAAGGAUAUGACAUGUAUAAUGCACAGAGGUUAUAUAUUGACCUCUAGGGAGAUCUAAGGACUUAACUGAUAAGCUACAAAUAGUGUUCGAACAUUCAGAUCAAGCAGCUUUUUCACUGCUACAUCAGACGUGUUUUCCGGGAUUCUACAUGUAGAAAAUAGAUAUAAAUGAGACUUAUAUAGAACUAAAUAAAGAGAUAGUUAUGUUUGAUUAGUUAUAAACUGUAUAUACAGUGGCUUGCGAAAGUAAGCCUUACAACCUGGAAUUAAAAUUGAUUUUUGGGGGGUUUGUAUCAUUUGAUUUACACAACAUGCCUACCACUUUGAAGAUGCAAAAUAUUUUUUAUUGUGAAACAAACAAGAAAUAAGACUAAAAAAACAGAACCCCCCCCCCCCCACCUUUUGCAGCAAUUACAGCUGCAAGUCUCUUGGGGUAUGUCUCUAUAAACUUGGCACAUCUAGCCACUGGGAUUUUUUCCCAUUCUUCAAGGCAAAACUGCUCCAGCUCCUUCAAGUUGGAUGGGUUCCGCUGGUGUACAGCAAUCUUUAAGUCAUACCACAGAUUCUUAAUUGGAUUGAGGUCUGGGCUUUGACUAGGCCAUUCCAAGACAUUUAAAUGUUUCCCCUUAAACCAUGCGAGUGUUGCUUUAGCAGUAUGCUUAGGGUCAUUGUCCUGCUGGAAGGUGAACCUCCGUCCCAGUCUCAAAUCUCUGGAAGACUGAAACAGGUUUCCCUCAAGAAUUUCCCUGUAUUUAGUGCCAUCCAUCAUUCCUUCAAUUCUGAGCAGUUUCCCAGUCCCUGCCGAUGAAAAACAUCCCCACAGCAUGAUGCUGCCACCACCAUGCUUCACGAUGGGGAUGUUGUUCUCAGGGUGAUGAGAGGUGUUGGGUUUGUGCCAGACAUAGCGUUUUCCUUGAUGGCCAAAAAGCUCAAUUUUUGUCUCAUCUGACCAGAGUACCUUCUUCCAUAUGUUUGGGGAGUCUCCCACAUGCAUUUUGGCGAACACCAAACGUGUUUGCUUAUUUUUUUCUUUAAGCAAUGGCUUUUUUCUGGCCACUCUUCCGUAAAGCCCAGCUCUGUGGAGUGUACGGCUUAAAGUGGUCCUAUGGACAGAUAGUCCAAUCUAUUUGCACCAGAUCUUAUUUAGGAGAUUCAUAGCAAAGGGUUGAAUACAUAUACACGCACCACUUUACCAUUAUUUAUUUUUUUUAAUCUUUUGAAACAAGUUUUUUUUUUUUUUCACCAAUUUGGACUAUUUUGUUUAUGUCCAUUAAAAAUCCACUUAAAUUACAGGUUGUAAUGCAACAAAAUAGGGAAAACGCCAAGGGGGAUGAAUAUUUUUCAGUUCAGUUAUAGAGUUACAAUAUGUGCUAAAUGAAACAACUUUCUGAACCAACCACUGUAGAAUAGAUUAGAAGACCUUUGAACACUAAUGUCAGUGUAGUGUUGAUGAUAACCAUAGAAAUAUGCAAGAUCACUUCAUGCUUUAGUGCCACUUACUGGGGGAGAGUGAACAUAGUGUAACAGACACUGUCAUACUGUAAAUUAUAGCUGUUUUAUUUAAAUAAAACAUUUGUUCUUAUAAAGCAUUUAUAACAGAAGCGUAUCUGUUUUAAGUCACAACAGCAAUAUUGUUAUGAUGUUAGGGCAUAGUAUUGUGAGGACCGAGGAAGAGUUACGAGAUAAUUGGUUUGGGGCCAUGAAGUCUACAUUCCUUAUGUCAAGGGAGAUUAGUGAUGUUUAUGGUAGUAUGAUUGAUGGACAGGAUAUAAUGACCUGGGGCAAAGGGUAAUAACAACAGAGAAAGGGAGUGCCUAUGAUGGUUGCCAGAUGUAUGUGAAAGGAAGGAUAACCAAGAGUAUAAAAGCUGUGAGAUUUGUGUGUGUGGGCAGUUCAACUGACAAAGGGCAGAGCUAUGUCCGUUUGUUAGAUGAACCCACGAGCUCGUGAUCCAAUAAAUACUUGGUAUAAAAUCUCCACAGAAUGUCUAAGUAAAUUCUUGUAUCUUGAACUUCUCAAUACCAGAAACUCAUCAUAACAAAUAUAAACAGGAGUUGUGCUAGAGUGUCCAAGUGCCAAAUGUAGCUAUCUGUCACGCCCUGACUCAAGGGACUCGUAUUUGUUGAGUCAGGGUGUGUAUUUUCUGUGUUGUGUUUGGCUAUGUUGAUUGUCUAUGUUAGAUCUAGUAUGUGUAGAUCUAUGUUGGCCGGGGUGGUUCCCAAUCAGAGGCAGCUGUAGCUCGUUGUCUCUGAUUGGGGACAAUACUUAGGCAGCCUAUUGGCACGAGUUAGUUGUGGGAUCUUGUUCCGUGUUUUGGUAUGUUAGUGUGCUACCUUGGACUUCACGUUUCGUUUGCUGUUUUUGUCGUGUGAUAAUUCGUUUAAUAAACAUGUAUGCUUAUCACGCUGCGCCUUGGUCUGUCCAGUCUGUUAACGAACAUGACACUAUCAAAUCAAUCAGAGAGAUCUAACAACGUUUUUCAGACAGGAAUUAAUUUAACCUCUACGGGAUCGGUGUCCCGUAUACGGGACGGUUGAGCUAACGUGCGCUAAUGUGAUUAGCUUGACUGUUGUAAGUAACAGCAAACUUUCCAGGACAUAGACAUGUCUUAUAUGGGCAGAAAGCUUAAAUGAUUGUUAAUCUAACUGCACUGUCCAAUUUACAGUAGCUAUUACAGUCAAAAAAUACCAUGCUAUUGUUUGAGGAGAGUGCACAACAACAAAUAACUUAGCACGGCAACUGGUUUGAUACAUUCACCUCUGAAGGUAAAUAAUGUACUUACAUUCAGUAAUCUUGCUCUGAUUUGUCAUCCUAAGGGUCCCAGAGAUAAAAUGUAGCAUAGUUUUGUUUGAUAAAAUCCAUUUUUACAUUCAAAUGUAGAAACUGGGUUCCACAGUUUGAACCCCUGCUGUCUCUGGCUCCACACCGAUCCUGCCCGGCCAUCUAGAUGUGUGAAAGUUAGUGUAUAAGCUAACGAUCCAUCAUGUAUGACAUUCCUGGGAGUGUGUAAACUUACAUUUUGUAUUACCAUAUCAUUUUUGUAUGUUCUCUAGUUAUGUACUUGAAAAUGUAUCAAUUGACUAAUUCGGCACAUUUGGGCAGACUUGAACAAAAUAGUCCAGUAUUGUGGUCCUCUGUAGCUCAGCUGGUAGAGCAAGGCGCUUGUAACGCCAAGGUAGUGGAUUCGAUCCCCGGGACCACCCAUACACAAAAAUGUAUGCACGCAUGACUGUAAGUCGCUUUGGAUAAAAGCGUCUGCUAAAUGGCAUAUUAUUAUUAUUAUUAUUAUUGCAAUGCUUCACUGGAUCAAUCUGAAACUUUGCACACAAACUGCUGCCAUCUAGUGGCCUAAAUCUAAAUUGCACCUAAACUGCAAUAUUAUAUUGUGGCCUUUCUCUUGCAAUUCAAAGAUGAUAAAAAAUAAAAUUAAAACCGCUGUUUUUUGUUUGUAUUAUCUUUUACCAGAUCUAAUGUGUUAUAUUCUCCUACAUUAAUUUCACAUUUCCACAAACUUCAAAGUGUUUCCUUUCAAAUGUUAUCAAGAAUAUGCAUAUUCUUGCUUCAGGUCCUGAGCUACAGGCAUUUAGAUUUGGGUAUGUCAUUUUAGGUGAAAAUUGAAAAAAAGGGUCUGAUCCUUAAGAGGUUAAUUGAAAACCAGCUCAUCCUCUGAUAUUCACACUGACUUCAAAACCUUUUUCUACAAAGAGUAUAUGUCAUACUGUACAUACAUCAUUAAAGGCUGUGUAAAAUGUUUUAUUGUAAAUACAAUCUACAUGGAAAACAGUUCUACUGUAUGGCAUGUAUAAUAAUAAUAAUAAUAAUAAUAUGCCAUUUAGCAGACGCUUUUAUCCAAAGCGACUUACAGUCAUGCGUGCAUAAAUUUUUCGUGUAUGGGUGGUCCCGGGGAUCGAACCCACUACCUUGGCGUUACAAGCGCCGUGCUCUACCAGCUGAGCUACAGAGGACCACAUGUAUCAUAGACAAGGUAUGAUAAACAACAAAUAAAGUUUGAUAUUUGAAAAAAGAAGUCAUUCAUUCUAGUGUAUGAACACACAGAUGCACUAUAAGUAAUACUGUAUACCUUUACGGCUUCUCCGACUCUAUACAUUGUCAUGAGCUACAGGCCCGAUCACAUGGAGUUGUUUCAGUUGAACUUAGGUGUUGAACGUUCAACAUAGUUUUCAGUAGUAAGCAGCAAUAGCUGAAAAUAGUAAUGAAUGAAAUGUCUGUUCAUCUAGCUAGCCACAGAUGUAAAUCUGUAGUGUAAGCCUUGAGUGUGGUUUAUGUUGCUAUUAAACAGCUUAGGCUUGGGAUAAGACUUUCACAUGGAGUGAGAAGAAAAGGGGUGAAAUAAGGAGAAAGAAAAAGGGAGCAAGGGGGAAAAGGAACGAGCGAGGGAGCAAGCAAGCAAAACAAAGACCAAAUUGUCCUCUAUUGGUGUGGGAAAAAUAUACUAUCGCAAUGUUAGUGAUAAUGUUAUGGGCAGCAACUGAUGUAAUGAUGUCAUGUAAUGUCAAUCAGCUCAUUAAUCAUGAUAAUCCUACUCAACAUACCAUUUUAAGAGUGCAACCACAACAUACAUACACCAAAUAAGGAGAACAGUAGAUAUGAGUGAACUUCUUCUUUAUUCUGGUAUAUGCACCAGCAUGGUACAGCAUGAGUGAAUUAAAAGCCUGAGAUUGAGAUCACCAGGAAAUAACAAAAUAAACAACACUAAUAAAACAUCUGAUCAGCUUUUGUGCAACUUUCAGCACCCAAGGUUCACUUCACACAAAGGUUAACACAACAGACGGAGUGGUUCUGUCAUUGCUGGUGGUUCACUAACUCAACUGAUAGUGAUCUACUGUUAUAAACUAGCUGCAGGUCUUCUACAGGAAGAAAAUUAAGGAAAUGGAAGAUGGAUAAACAUAUUUCUUCACUCACUGCCACCAGGUACAGAUGUAGGAUCUUCAUUUGAGCCAGUUUGCUACAGCAGGAAUAUAAUCCUGCAGCAACAGACAUUUUGAAUUAUUAAGUGGAUCACUGGAGGUUGGUGGCACCUUAAUUGGGGAGAACGGGCUUGUGGUAAUGGCUGGAGCGGAAUAGGUGUGGAAUGGUAUCAAAUACAUCAAACAUGGUUUCCAUGUGUUUGAUGCCAUUCCUCCCCUCAGCAGCCUCCACUGAUGUGGAUUAUAAUUAAUGGACAUUUAUGUAGGGGUUGAUAGAUUUUUGGUUGGGGCAAAUCAAGUCUGAAAUGUUCAACUGGAAAUUACAAACUUUAGAAACCUUUUUAAAACUCAAAUACAAUACAAGUUUGCAUUUCCUGCUGUGUAGGAAAAUACUCAGCAACAAAAAUAGUGAUCAAAUUAAGAUCCUACAUCUGUAGUAGCAGUACAUUCAGCCUGGUAAACAAGAUAAUUACAUUUACAUUUUAGUCAUUUAGCAGACGCUCUUAUCCAGAGCAACUUACUUUUUUUUUCUUCCAUACUGGUCCCCCGUGGGAAACGAACCCACAACCCUGGCGUUGCAAACGCCAUGCUCUACCAACUGAGCUACAUGGGACUUCUAGAAAGACAUCCAUUGGUGGUUUCCAGGACACACAUUCUCCAUUGAGCAUGCUUUUAAGUCCAUGACUAGGCUUAAUCUGUAUUCAAGAAUCCAGCCCUCAGUAUAUUACACAGUAUUCACAGUAUUAUAUUGUGGCCUACAUAUAUAUUCCUUUUCUCAAAUACACUCAAGUACUACAGUAUAUAUUUACAAAUACAUCAUAUUAUUAACAGUCUACAGAAUGAAAUUAUAAACUAAAGACUAGGCCAAAGUCACUGUACAAUCAUCCUGUCAUCAGAAAACACAUCACAAAACUUUACACAAAGACAAAACAGGAUGUGGUUAUCUACUGUUUUGUUUGAUUCCAAACUGAUGAGAAUCCAGUGAGAGCCUGAUUACAGCAAUAUCCACAGUAUAGACCAGUGAUGUAGUCAAGACACUAAACCUUGAGUCAGAGUCGAGUCCCAAGUGUUCAUGUCCUACUACUUUAUAUUCGAGUCAAGAGUCCCUUGGUAGUGCUAAAAGCUGCGGUCCAACCAUUAAAAAAUCUAAAUUCUGUUACAUUGUAAGGAUAUCUACAUAAUACAGCACUCUAACAUUUGCUGUUGUAGCUAGUAUGUUAAAUUAUGCAACAAAGAGAUGUUCUGACAACAAAGUCACUACUGAUCGAGUCCAAGUCCGAGUCCAAGUCCGAGUCCCCACUGGUCGAGUCGGAGUCGAGUCAUAAGUCAUGAAAAUCGUGACUUGGGUCCUAGUCAAGUACGAGUCCUGGGGCCUCAUUUAUCAAUAUUGUGUAGAAACUAUUCUAAAAUACUACUUACGAAGGGAUUUCAGAAUGUUCGUAUGGAUAGAAAAGUGUGAUUUUUCAAACAAUCCUACGAGCGUCAAAUGCACACCGGUAGGAGAUAACCAUUGAUAAAUACCAAUUGUUCUCAGCCUCAGUGCUCGUGCACGACCUUGGCUAUUUGCAUUUAGAAACGUCCCUAAUUAACCAUAUAUGUGACCCGUUUCGUAUGUCGCACGUCACUACUUUUUUUUAAUCAAAAUGCGUUUUUUGGCAGAAAUGCCUUCUGGAACAUGUGAACUUUCAUGUGCCUUAUUAACAAACUUGUAUUCCAUUUGUAAAUAUGAAUACAUCAUUUAAAUUACGAGCCUAGUUGGUUUAGCCACAGAAAAAGACAGAAACCUUCGCGCUAGCCAUGAUUGGCUGAGACAAUGGAUGGGCUGGACAUGCCGAGAGAUGAGUUUGGAUUGGUCUGCCAUGUAGCACGCUUCUGUCUAUAACAUGAGCUGCUCACUAUGUGUAGAUAAUCCUUGCUAAUGCAGCUUUUUUGAAAUGUUAGCCAUAGAGAUCUGUAAAAGUGUUGCUACUGCUCUCAACAACAUUGCUGCCCAGAAUUUAGCAGGCGCUAUCGACAAAGAUCAGUGGGAAAAGGUUAUGAUGGACUACUUUUCUGCACAAGGUCAAUGUGAACCGCAGUGACUUGACACAACAACGGGCCAAACGAGCUGUAGCUAGCUACAAACCAAACGGAAAAGACACGCUGCCGUAAAGUGUUCAUCCAUGUAUACGGGUAAGACUCUAGCUACAUUUUCAGAUAUUAUACGUUUCUAAUUAGUCAGAAAGUCGUUUUCAUUGCAAGUUAAAGCGUACUGUUAGCUAGCUGAAUUACGUGUAUGAUCUGUGUAGUAAUAUUAUUAGGAUCUCAGAAAUCCAUUUGCAUUGCUAGUUAUAGCCUAAUGUUAGCUAGCUAGCUAGCAUUGAACCUAGUUGGUUAGCUUUAGCUACCUGCAGAUUCAUACUCUAGCAUUUCAUGCAUAGUGGCAAGCUAUGACAAUCUGUUUGUACUGUAGCUAUGGGUUGGGAUUAUGGUUAAUUGUUUAGCUAGGUAGCUACAUGUCUAAACAAAAUACUCCACUUCGCAAGAGAAUGAUUACAUGACCCAUCAAGUUAGCCAGGUGUGUCUGGGGUUGAUUAUGGCCAUAUAUUGUAUUUCAUGAACAUGUGUACAUGUCUAGACAAUAGUGACCCAUCCACUUAGCUAGAUGUGGUUGGGGGGUGGUUAUAGCAUUUCUUUCACAUGAACCAUCAAUGUAGACAAGUGUCUGGGUAAGCAUCAUCUAAUAAUUAUAAAAUAUUUGUAUCUGGACACUUUCAAAGUCAGAUUAGGAUAUAGGCCAAAGACUAGAUAAAGUGUAUUUUUACCUUUAGGUUUUCCUUAUUGUAAAGAUGUGGGUGGGGCUAAGGCUUAAGAGGGUGAGAACGAUGCGGAACAGGUGUAGACAAAGAGCUCUCCAGUAGGUGUAUCAUGUACCAAAACAUUCAAGGGUAAUUUUCUCAAAAGUGGGGUUACAAGUUUAUCAACUUUCAAAGCAGAAUUACUUUCCCAUUGUUCCUCAACUGCAGUGUAUGGCUGAUAUACCAUUUUGUAGCUCUGAGUCUCUACUUUAAUCCAAUGUAAAAAAUUAAAUAAUCAAAUGUUUCUACUAAAACCGAAUCAAGGUGGUGGGUCACAUAUGGUCCAAAUAAUCCCUUUUAUGCCUGUGGGGAAUAUACAACUCUGUACCAUGAAAUAUAGCCUACAACGGGCAAACAAAAAAAAGCUACGAAAAUAAAAUAUUUUUCCGAGACUGAAAUAGAGUUGCCUUGUGUCAGAGAUUGAGUACAAUCAAAAUGUUUUACUUGACUCGCUCAGCUGUGGUUUUACCUGUAAAAAUGUAAACAUAGCUACAAAGAGUACCAUUAGUACAGUUGAAGUUGCUUUAGCAAUGGCAAAUAUACUUAAAAUGAGUAGCUACUCACCAAUAUGCCAUCCAUCCUCAACAGCUCCCUCCUGUAGGCGUAUAGGCCAUUGCUGUUCUGCAGAAUGAAUGAGUCGUGCUUUCCACAUGGCCACCUUGCCACCACAUUCAGCAACUUAUUUUGCGCAUCACUUAACCUAUCACCUGCAGAUGAGUGGAAGCCUUUUCUGUUCACAUGCUGGCUGAGGCUGCAUAGUUGAACUCGUUUUGGGAUGGUGCUUUUAUGGGGAUGUGGGUGCCAUCUGUUGCUCCGUUCAUAUUUGGGAACGCUGAUGGCAAAGAAACCCCUAUUGACUUCAACCUGAUGUGUGAUGGUGUAUGGACUGGUCGUUUAGCUGAUGAUUGCAUCCAAAACAUAGGCUCAUUGAGGGCUGUGAGAUUCCAAUCGGCAAGCUCCCACUGAAAAGUUCCCGUUGCCAAAAACACGAGGGUGGAUAGCACUUGCAUGUGCACCGGAAUGGCAUGUGUUUGCUUUUCUAAAGUAGGUCUUAAAUGAAAAUCCAAUAAGAUUGGUUUUGGGAAACGAUAUCUGAUGAGCCAAUCUGUACUUUCUGCAAAAAAGUCCCAACUGUCUCUAAAAACGCACUCUCUACGAAACGCAGCUUGUGCCAAAAGAGCAAGCUCAGCUAUCUCUCGUUCGAUUUCCCAUAAUCUCUGACUUUUAUAGUAUUUCACCCGCGCCUCUAAUUUAACAAAUUACUGUAGCGUACUUUAUAUGGAUUAUUAUCAUAACAAAUGUACUGAUAUGGUCAAAUUAUAUAUAGCCUGUCAAUAUUUGUUGCAUGAAUUCACAAUGGAAAUACAAUUAAAUCGAAAAAUGAUUUAAUUAUUUCUCUCACAAUUUCACACAUUUUCAACAUACAGUAUAUUUUCCCCAUUCUAUGCUUGACAAGCAGUUCCCUUAUUCCGCCACUUUGCACUGUGCCUAUGCAUGGUCAUGGCUGUGCAUAAAUGUAUGCAUACUCUCAAGCAAACGCUCAUAUUGCUAAAUCUCACACUUUGCGUGGAAAUGAUCCCACACAUGGUUUACCCACAGAUUUGAUAAAUGAGGCCCCUGGACUCUAGUACUACAACACUGGUAUAGCCUCCAUGUGCAGUCUUAAGGCGCUGUGGUUAUCCCUGAUUUAAAGCUAACGCUUACCUUAUAGCUUAUCCUAGCUUUGGUCCGCUCUACAGUAGAGCCACACUGACAGACCUCUAGGCUAUUGCACACAGUCAAAAACACUACUGUACCUCCAAACCAGUGGAGGCUGCUGAGGGGAGGACUGCUCAUAAUAAUGGCUGGAACAGAGCGAAUGGAAUGGCAUAAAACACAUGGAUGUGUUUGAUGUAUUUGAUACCAUUCCACUCAUUCAGCUCCAGCCAUUACCACCAGCCCGUCCUCCCCAAUUAAGGUGCCAGCAACCUCCUGUGCUCCAAACACAUCUGAGACCUAGGACCAUGAUCAACCAGAACUGGUAUAAAGAGUUCCAGGGUACAUAAAAAAAUAAAAUGAUUAUUAUGUUCAAACAGUCUCUCCCAGUACACAGUAGUCACAGUUCUACAUGAGCUACGUACCUUAUACAGCCCGAUGGCUCUGUGCCGUGACCCAGUACAUCUGACCAUUGAAUCUUAGUCCCUAGUCCCUGUGGUUUAUGUCAUAACAUCAAUCAAGUCAUAGGUCAGAGGUGACUCUUAGGUCUCUCAAAAGCAUCUUACACAACACAGAGAAAGAGUAGGUGGGGGAGACGAGUGGAGAGGACUCAGCGGUCUUCCCUUGUAUAGCCAAAAGGUUAUGUAAUGGUUGAAUUGAGUAGUAGUUGUAGUUAGGACAGAUGUGAUAACUUGGGUGGAGGUUGAGUAGUGGUUGUAGGUAGGUCACAUGUAUCCGUUGUGCCUGGUGGCUGCUGGUGUGGGUACACUGGGUGCUGCUCGUGAGCUCACUCUCCCUCCUCCCUCAGUAUAGCCGCUUCUCAUAACUACAGGAAGACAACACACAGAGACAACAGUCAGGAAUAUAAGUCAAGCUUAAUUGAAACUCAUUUUACACUACAUAUACUAGAUUGAGGGUUUUAAGAAAUUGGUAGGGCUUUAAAAAGUGGCCUAGACUUCUGGGUCUUCCUGAAAACCAAAAGGUAACAAACAGAGGAAAUUGCAGUAGGAAAAGAGUUGGAGUUGUGAGCACAGGGAGAAUGUACUUACAUGGCACAAAAGAAUAUCUAUGAUGAGAGCAUGAGUCAGAGAAAGAGAGAGAAGACAGACAUUGUGACGUUUAACUUGCUUCAGUGCUACUAUUUUACUCAGGGGUAGGCAAUUCUAUCCACAAAUGGCCAGAGUGGGUGCAGGAUUCUGCCCCAGCUAAAGCAGUAACACAUCCAAAACAAUAAAUCAACCAAUCAUAGUCUUAAGUCAAACCUUAAUUACUUGCAUCUGCUGUUACUGCUUUGGCUGGAACGAAAGCCUGCCCCCACAAUGGACCUUGUAUGGUAUGACUGCCAAUCCCGGAUUAAAGUAGCAACUCCUAAACAACCUAUAGUAAAGGAGAUACGAACGCCACUGGUGAGAACAAACACACACUCACUCACACACUACCACCCAGUCCAGAGAUAAAGGACACUUCAGCCACAGGCACAGAACAUGGGACACAACAGGACAGGUUAGUCGAUCACAGAGGAGAGGAGCACAGGAUCUACAACAAAUACCAGAGGACAGGAUGUGUAAACGAUGCCAGAGCCAGGCAGGGGCAGACUUACGAAUGGAGCCCGUGUACUCCCCCCUCAACCUGAGCUGACAUGGUCCUCUUCUCAAACUUUAGCUCCCCGGAGUACAUCAUGGACCUGAAAUAACAUACAACAGUACAACAAUAUAUCACAACAAUGGAACAAAGACACACAGAUCAUAUCAAAGUCGAAUACAAUAUCACAGUCUAACAUCUAUUCAUAGACUUACCGCAGUAUGCAGAGGCUCUUGGCUCCGAUGUCUUGGCAGCCAUGUUGUAUGCCAGCGAUGAGGUAGGGGGCAAAUUUAUGGAUGGAGCCUUUAUCCUGAACCGACCCUGACACACCCUGAGCCACCUUCACCUUGUCCCCCUCACUGUCGAGAUAACCACACAAUCAUAAUAUCCCUAUCACUGCAAAUAGACAACACACACACACACACCUUCUCCCCCUCACACCUCUGUCCUUAGCCCUAUUACUGCAAAUACACAAGACACACCGUCUCUCUCUCUCUACCUGAAGUAGCGUUUCUGGCUGCUGCUGUUCUUCUCCAUGGCGUCCAGGGAGCCCAUCCCCCGGUACUUCUUCAGCCGCACGCCGUCUGAGAAGAAAUACUCCCCCGGGGCCUCCGUGGUUGCCGCGAGCAAUGACCCCAUCAUCACUGAGGGCACAGAGGUCAGAGGUGAAAGGAGGUAAAAGUCAGACCAUCAAUAGUAUGGUGUAGAUUUUCCUGUUUGUGGGAAAAGGCUAAUAAUAAUGCUUGGUGGGUUCAACACACAAAUACACACCUGUGGAUGCCCCAAGAGCGAGAGCUUUUACCACGUGUCCAACGGUCUGGAUGCCUCCGUCUGCGAUGACGGGCACACCGAAGCGCCUGGCGUACUCUGCCACCUUGUACACUGAUGUGCCCUGGGGACGCCCACACGCCAUCACUGGCACACAACACAAACAUAACACAAAGCAACAUGUCAGCAACGUGUCAGCAAUUUGCCAACAAAUAGUUGUUUUUAACUAAACAUUAAGCAAACUCUACACUCUCCUCCGUCCUCAUCCUCUCCUCCCCUCUCCUCAUUUGCUGUUCCUCCCCUGUCUGUCAUUACCUUCCUGGGUGAUGCAGAUGGAGCCGCAGCCCAUCCCCACCCUCAGAGCGUCCACACCCGCAUCGAUCAGAUUCUUAGCCUGGGCUGCAGUCACCACUACAGAGAGAGAGUGAGAGAGAUUGUAAAUCGAGAAUGGGAAAGAAAGAAAGAAAGACAAAGAAAAAUAAAGUGAAAAUGUAAGAGAGAUUAACGGGAAAGAGGCAUUGCUAGAGAAGGUAGAGGAGACUCACCGUUUCCUCCCACCACCUGUAGUUCAGGAUAUUUCUGUUUGAUGUAGUUGAUCAUAUUGAUCUGAUAGACAGAGUUCCCUUGGGACGAGUCCUACAGCAGUAAACAGACAGGGUUUAGAGAGGAGCGGAACCCAAAGAUAGGACAAGUAACCAAAAAUACAAUAUAACAACCCAACCCCUUCCCCAGACCCACCAGCACCACCACGUCAACCCCAGCCUGCAUCAGCAGGUCCAGUCUGUAUUUGUCCUCCUCUCUGGUUCCGAUGGCCGCUCCACACAGCAGCUGUUUCCUGGAGUCUUUAGAGGCCAGUGGGUAGUCUCGGUUCUUCUUCAGGUCUGUCCUGGCGAUGAUGGCCACUAGCUCAUCACUGUCAUUCACUAUGGGCAGUUUACCUGAGAGAGACAGAAGUUCCAAACAAAGAUUGAUCUUUUGUAAUGUCCUCUCUGACUAAAGUGUCUCUACAGGAAAUGUUGUGUCACUACCAUAUGGUACCUUUCUUGCUGCGCUGCAGGAUGUCGUUGGCCUCUUUCAGUGUGACGCCAGCUGGUGCUACCACUAAAUCGUCCCUCUUUGUCAUAGCCUGCAAGAAUCAGCCAUUCAAGUAAACCUCACAGGAAUAGUAUUCAAUACUACAAGAAAUAGACUCAUCCAGUUUACAAUAUAUGUGUUGACAAUAUAUUGUAAAUAUAUUGGACGUGUACAAACAAACAUGUCAUCCACACACACCCCACAUACACACACACCUCUUCCAGGGGUCUGUCAUGGUCUUUCUCUGAAAGGAAGUCGAUGUCUCGGGAGGUGACGAUGCCCACCAGCUUGCUGCCCAUCUUGCCUGUCUCGGUGACGGGGAUGCCAGAGAAGCCGUGGCGGACCUUGGCUUCGAACACGUCUCCCACCGUGUGGUGAGGACUCAUCACCACUGGGUCUGUGAUGAAACCCUGCUCAAAUUUCUGACCACAAAUAAA